AUGCCGCAGCCGAGCCAACCUGUCCUACUUAAAGAGGAAACGCCGGCCGACCGUGCGCUGCGGCGUAUCCAAACAAGGUUCAAGAAGGAGACCAGAGACAUGACAAAAGGCUUGUUCGUCGGCCUCUGCGCGGUCCUCUAUACGCUCUUACGCUGGGGCUAUCAGAUGAAAGAGCUGGAGAUGGAGCGUUUCAUAGCUCUCUACCCGACCUACGAACGAGAAACCCGCCACCAGGCCAACGCGGUACCUUAUCACCUCUGGGUGCGGCCUCGCCUACCGACGAUCUACAAGAAACCCGUCCUCAAGGAGCAAAACUUGCGCGAGAUCUGGCGGGACCAUCACUACCACUUCCUUCUAGUCGAACUGGGUCUCGAGAACGUG